GGGCGGUGCGAGCGCCAUGGCGGCGGCGGCCUCGGCGGCGGCCUCGGCGCGGGGCUCGGGCUAGCUGCGGGCGGCGCGGAUGGCGGGCGGCGCGGGCUGGGCGGGCGCCCCCGCGGCUCUGCUGCGCUCCGUGCGCCGCCUGCGCGAAGUGUUCGAGGUGUGCGGCCGCGACCCCGACGGCUUCCUGCGCGUGGAGCGCGUCGCGGCGCUCGGCCUGCGCUUCGGCCAAGGCGAGGAGGUGGAAAAACUUGUGAAGUGUUUGGAUCCCAAUGACCUGGGCAGAAUCAACUUUAAGGAUUUUUGCCGAGGAGUGUUCGCCAUGAAAGGGUGCGAGGAGCUACUGAAGGACGUGCUGUCAGUGGAGAGCGCGGGGACCCUGCCAUGUUCCCCAGAGAUCCCAGACUGUGUGGAGCAGGGCAGCGACAUCUCUAGCUCUACCUUUGCUGAUGGCGAGCUCCUCCCCAGGGAACCCGGCUUCUUCCAGGAAGAGGAGGAGGAAGCAAUGGCACUGGCCUUGCCUGAGGGACCCCAGGAGUUAGAAAUGGACAGCCCCAUGGAGAGCAGCCAGGGCCCGGAGGGCUCUGUCCGGAGUCCUGACGAGGAGAAGGAGCCUGAACUGGGGGGCCUGUUCCUGCAAGAGGACAAGUCCCUGGUCCUCACUCCAUCUAUGACCACAUCAGACCUUUCCACUCACUCCACCGCCUCUCUCAUCAGCAACGAGGAGCAAUUUGAAGACUAUGGAGAGGGGGAUGACGUGGACUGUGCCCCCAGCAGCCCCUGCCCUGAUGAUGAGACCCGAACCAAUGUCUACUCAGAUCUAGGAUCGUCAGUGUCUUCCAGUGCGGGGCAGACCCCAAGGAAGAUGCGGCAUGUCUACAACAGCGAGCUGCUGGAUGUGUACUGCUCUCAAUGCUGCAAGAAGAUCAACCUGCUGAACGACCUGGAGGCCCGGCUGAAAAACCUGAAGGCCAACAGCCCCAACCGGAAGAUCUCAAGCACAGCUUUCGGACGGCAGCUCAUGCACAGCAGUAACUUCAGCAGCAGCAAUGGCAGCACCGAGGACCUGUUCCGAGACAGCAUCGACUCCUGUGACAAUGACAUCACAGAGAAGGUGAGCUUCCUGGAAAAAAAGGUAACCGAGCUGGAGAAUGACAGCCUGACCAGCGGGGAUCUGAAGAGCAAGCUGAAGCAGGAGAAUAUGCAGCUGGUGCACAGGGUGCAUGAGCUGGAGGAGAUGGUGAAGGAUCAGGAGACCACGGCAGAGCAGGCACUGGAGGAGGAGGCCCGGCGGCAUCGUGAGGUCUACUGCAAGCUGGAGCGGGAGAAGAGCACUGAGCUGGAGCUGCUCAACACCAGGGUGCAACAGUUAGAAGAAGAAAAUACGGAUCUGAGGACCACAGUGACUCGGCUUAAGUCACAGACAGAGAAACUGGAUGAGGAACGGCAGCGCAUGUCUGACCGUCUGGAGGACACCAGCCUGCGACUCAAGGAUGAGAUGGACCUUUACAAGCGCAUGAUGGACAAGCUGCGGCAGAACCGCCUGGAGUUCCAGAAGGAGCGGGAGGCGACGCAGGAGCUCAUCGAGGACCUGCGGAGGGAGCUGGAACACCUGCAGAUGUACAAGCUGGACUGUGAGCGGCCAGGUCGGGGCCGCAGCUCAUCUGGCCUUGGCGAGUUCAACGCCAGAGCCCGAGAGGUGGAACUUGAGCAUGAGGUCAAGCGUCUGAAGCAGGAGAAUCACAAGCUGCGGGAUCAGAACGACGACUUGAACGGGCAGAUCCUGAGCCUCAGCCUCUACGAGGCGAAGAACCUCUUUGCCACCCAGACCAAAGCCCAGUCUCUGGCUGCAGAAAUCGACACAGCAUCUCGCGAUGAGCUAAUGGAAGCCCUGAAGGAACAGGAGGAGAUCAACUUCCGACUGAGACAGUACAUGGACAAGAUUAUCCUGGCUAUACUGGACCACAACCCCUCCAUCCUAGAGAUCAAACACUGAGCCAGGGUUGGCUGCGGAGCGGCCAUUGGACCUGGGACCUAGGGACAGGCCUGCCGGAGGAGGAAGAUGCAGGCGGGACCCCACACUCUCUGUAAAUGUGCUUCCAGCCACCCUGUGUGUGUGUGCUAGGGUAUGUGCGGGAGACCGCACACACAGACAAGGAGUGAGCUGGGGGCCAUGGCUGUGGGUGACAACCCGUGAUAAUCUGUGUGUGCACUUUGCGGCCCCUUUGUGAGGGGCUGAGGGGAACUGGAUGUGGGAGGAACACUCUCAGGAGUUGACAACAAGGACUGGAAGCUUUCAUUUAGGAUACUGAUGAAAUGAUUCUACCUCUGUGGAUAAGGGUUAGAAGGAGCUCUCAGGAGAUGGUCUCCCCACCCACCUCGGAGUAGGGACAAAACUGUUACGUUCUCCAUAAUUUGGUGUCCUAUCAAACCCAGGUUUUUUAAGCUCAAAGAGGAGGAAGGGGUGUUGGGAAGAACAGGGACCCCUGUGGGUAGCCUUUGGGGUACAAGUAGAUGGAGUCCAGUGGACUCGGGUUUACAGAGCAGCUGCGUGCACUGUCCAUGCCCCUGGGUUGAGUCCUUUGAGUUUUCUGUGCCCUUUCCAGCCUUGGUUUCCUACCUCCCCUUUCUGGUUGGCCUUCAGUUAGUUUUGAAGACAGGAAAUACACACAGCACUCACUUGGGGGUAGAAGAAAGGCCAAGAAGAAGGGUGGAGUGUCCAAGACAGGUGUUAAGUUAACACUGGGGGCCAAAAGGAGCGACUGCCUGGAAGAGACGUGUUCCCGUGGCUGCCUCUUACGACAGAUGUGCCUUGGUGAGGGCAAGCCUAGGGAGGUGUUUCUACUGGACUCCUAUGGGGAGGUAGCCACACCCCUUCUUACGGCCUUCAGACACACCUGGAUCUGGUCCCUCUGUUAGAGAGCAGACUUCCUGGUGGGGGGUCCGGGAGGAACAUUGUGGAGGAACCUUGGUCUUCCGUUCUGUGACUACAUGGUGGGAGCCCCCCCUUUCCUCCCCUGGAUUUUUUAAGAAUGCAGUCUUUUGUUCUAGGCAUCUGGGCUGUUCCUGGACUGUUACAGUUUAUCUGAGUCUUAUAUGGCUCGUGAUUGGCUUCCUUAUCUCCAGCCCAGAUAAACGUGGAUGGUCUUAAGUCUUCCCUUCCGCUUGCUUUCUUAAGCACAUCUUGUGUAAGAAGGAAGGUUUGGGCAUGUUGGGGAGGCUAGUGAGCAGAAGUGGGGGGGCAGUUGAGGGUAAAGGGGAAGGGACCGGAGCCUGUCCCCUGCUUGGCAGAGACAGGGCUGUGGCCAGUCUGAUUUCAGUCGGCUCGCUUCUGCUUUCCUUGGCUUUUCAGAUCCGUUUUAAUGACGCGCAUAGAGCUGUCUGGUGCUGCGUGGAUGGUGGGUGGUUUGCCUUGCCCUGGGCUGCCUGGCUGAGCCACAUCAGGAAGACGGGAAGGCUUGAUCUUGAGGCGCAGGUCUCUGGGCAUUCCCUGGGGUCUGGGAAGAUGGGGAAUAGAGAAAGGCUAGGUGGGCAGUCUUGAGGACAUGAAGGGAAAAUAAACUUGAGGUUGGUCUAGGUGCCAUGCUGGAAGGAGUGUGGCAGAGGCCAGGUGAGUCUCGGUCCUGGUCUGUAGGGGCUGCCUCGGGGAUGAGUGUUCUGUACUUGAACUUGUGUGGGCCUCCAGUGUCACGGUGUGUAAGUUCCUAGAGAAGGCCACAGAGGCCAGAGUCACAGCAUAACACGAGGAAGGGAAGGCUUUUGGCCAACGUUGGGCUACAAGAAUGGACUCCUGGAGGAGAUGGCAAGUCUGGAAGCCCCGUGGACCUGGACCCUUGCUGUAGGCCUCUGGAAGAGGAACUUCCGAGGGUGGGGCCGGCUUCCAUACGACACACCUCAGGCUCAUCCAGCCUUCUUACUUUCCUCAGCCAGAAUACACUCCGAAAACUUGGUCCACUUGGCCUAA